AAAGGGCAAUAUUUGGAAUUCCUUUUACGAGACCCCACGAGUGGUCUUCUGUUACGUUUUUUUCACUUACUAAUACUCCUACAGUACUAACUACGGUCCCCACUCAUUCUCACAUAACCGAGCAAGCAAGACAACAGUCAAUCACAACCCCACUAACUCUCACUCAUUUUGGUCCACUCCAUUCCAACACACCCUUUCAAAUUUUAAAACUCUCUCUCUCUCUCUCUCUCUCUCUCUUAUCUUUGUUCUUUGUGUGUGUGUCUGUGCCUUUCUGUCUCUCUCUCUCUCUCUAACCCGCGCCCCCACCCCACCCCACUUUGUUUUCUCUGUCUAAUUGGCAUGACUGAAUUUGAGUUAGAGUUAGAGCUAUCGUUGGAGUUAGUGUUGAAAAACAACACACCCAUGAAUCAUCUAUGAUAUGAUAUACCCCAGAAAUUCAAAUAUAAAUUAUAUUUUUUUAUAUAUAUAAAAAAAAAGGUUGAAGUAAGCAAGUAGGCUUCCCCACAAAAUGGAACUAUCAGAUUUGCAAAACAACAAGCAGAAGAGAGGCACCCACCAACAACAACAACAAGAAUCAUCUUCUUCUCCUUCAAAUUCUCAUUCUCAUUCUCAUUCUCAUUCUCAUCAACAACACCUUGUGGUCCCUUUUGAUGGAAGACCACCCCCUUUCAUUAUGGGCUCCAUCUCCAUCCAACAACCUUCUUCAAACUCUUCUUCUUCUUCUUCCUCCAAUUCUUCAUCUUCUGCCAUUGACGCUUCUCUCGCCAUCGCCACCAGAUCUGAACCUCCACUCCUCAAUAACACAAAUAACCAAUUAUCCUCCUCCUCUCCCGCCGUCACCACCGUCGCCAAUCCUCCUAAACGAUCCACCAAAGACAGACACACCAAAGUCGACGGCCGCGGCCGUAGAAUUCGAAUGCCGGCGACAUGUGCUGCCAGGGUUUUUCAGUUGACCAGAGAAUUAGGCCACAAAUCCGACGGCGAAACAAUCGAGUGGCUUCUCCAGCAAGCAGAACCAGCGAUCAUCGCCGCCACUGGCACCGGAACGAUCCCAGCUAAUUUCUCCACUCUGAACGUCUCACUCAGAAGCAGUGGCUCCACGCUGUCGGCUCCGCCGUCGAAAUCGGCUCCUCACAGUUUUCACGGCGCGCUUGCACUGACUCGUCAUCCUUACGAGGAAGCCGCGUACCAACACGCGCCUCUUCUAGGGUUUCAUCAACACCACCAACAACUGAUGAGUGCUGAUCAAAUCGGUGAAGCUUUAAAUCCAAACGAGAAUUACAUGAGGAAACGUUAUAGAGAAGAUCUUUUCAAAGACGAUAAUAACAACAACGAAAGUGGUGGUGAUGGUUCUUCUUCUUCUCCAAAAGCUUUCAAAACAAAUCAUCAACAACAAGAUACUAUGGGUGAAGGUGAAGGUGGAGGCGGCGGCGGCGGUGGUGGUGGUAGUGGAGCUUCUUCUUCAUCUUCUUCUAAUAGUUCAAUUUCUGGACUUCUUCGACCGUCGAAUAUGAUACCGGCGACAGCCAUGUGGGCCACAGCGGGUAGUGGAAACACAAUUUGGAUGGUACCGGUGAGUGGCGGCGGUGGUGGUGCUGCAACUUCGAAUUCAGAGACACAAACACAGAACAUGUGGCCUUUUGGUCCUUCUCCAUCUCAAAAUAGUCAAACUCAAGGGAACAACGCCGGAACUCCGUCUCCGUUACAUUUUAUGCCGAGGUUUAAUCUUCCGGUAUCAGGUGGUGGUGGUGGUGGUGGUGUUGAGUUUCAGGGUGGACGUGGUGGUUUACAAUUGGGUUCAGUGUAUCAACCUUCACAGCAUAUUGGAUUGGCAGUUUCUGAUUCAAAUUUGGGUAUGUUGGCUGCUCUUAAUGCUUACACAAGAGCUGCAGCUGGUGCUACUGAUUUCAAUGUUAAUGUUAAUUCUGAUAAUCAUCAUCACCAUCACCAUCAACAUCAACAUCAACAUCAUUCUAUUUCAUUGGAUUCACAAUCUCAUUCUCAUUCUCAUUCUCAUUCUCAUCCUCAACCUACUGAAAGUGAAGAAGAUGCUCCUGAUACCUCUCAAUGAUUCAUUACUACUUCAUAAUAUUGGGUUCUGUGUUGAAUUUCUUAUAACUUAUUGCUUUUUGGAAAUUCAUUCCAUGGAUUCAUAUGCUAGCUGUGCAUGCUCAAAGGACUUGAGUUUUUCAUAGAUGUUGCAUUAGUUGUGAAAAUCUUGUCACUUUUUAUUUUCUUAAUUUUGAGGGAGUUGAUUUGUUUAGAUGGAUGAUAUGGUAUGGUUUGUUAUUUAAUUACCGUUUGAUUUUGGUCCAAAGGGACUUUGCAGACAGAGAGAGAGAGAGAGAGAGUUUGUAUAGGAGGAAAUUUCUCUUGUUAUUCUUAAUUAUUUCUUUAUUUUAUUUGUUUGCUUUUCUGUGUAUGAGAAUAUCAAAAACAAAAGGAUUUCAAACAA